UGAUCCUUCAGUCAUCUUGAUCUGCUGCAGACUCCGUGACUUUUAACAGUUUGUUUCCACUUGUAGCUGUGCUUAACUAGCCAUCUCUUGGAGCCUCCGCCACUGAAGGUGUCUGCUCUUUUCUUCCAGACUGGACCCUCUCUCUCCUCUCCCUUUCCUCACUCUGUCUGGCACGAGAGGAAGUGAGAGACAGUUGGCUCUUGCUUGUCUGUACUGUAUUGGUGGUGGCAAAAUGGCAGCUUCUGUCUCAUCCGUCCUCCUUCCUGUACCUCCCUCACCCUCUCCUCUGAGAGAAGUAACCCAGAUUUCAAAAUGAAUCGCCGCCUAUUCCCCUCAAUCUUUUUCCUCUCUCUCUCUCUCUCUCUCUCUCUCUCUCUCUCUCUCUCUCUCUUCCUCUAGCUCUCUCUUUCUCUCUCUCCUUCUCUUGUCCUCUUCUUAGUAAAAACAGAAUCAAUCAAUCUUGGAAAGAGAAUACCAUCUCUCUAUCUCGUCCUCCUCCUCACCCUGCCUCUGGGUUAACGGAUACAUACCACCUCACUCUUCUAUCUUUGGUUCCUAGAAAGCUUGAGUCUCUCGAAACGCUUGUUGCUUUCUCUUCUUAUUUUACUUGAUUUUUCUUUAUUUUUUAUAUUUUUUUUAUUUUGGCUGAUUCUUGUCCACUUCCCACAGCACAGCCUCUCUGGGUUUUUCUGUCUUUUCUAUCUGUCUUCCCCCCCCCCCCCUUUUUUUUGAGGUUACAAGCUACAGGUGUGACACCUUAGCCUUUCCUUUGAAGUGAGCCAGACGAAGAGACGAAAGGGGGAGAGGAAGAGAAGAAAGCUGUCCUUCAGUCGAGCCUUUCCUCCAAAAUCACCACAAAUUCAGUGGUGUGCAACUCUUGCACCGGAAUCUUAGCAGCUAAUAUUUGUCGUUUUGCACUUUUCUCCAGCACAUUGUGUUCCCUGUAGACGUAUACAUAUUAUUCUGGUCCAAACUUUUCUUCAGAAAUGGGACUAAUUGCUAAUAAGGGCAGGCAGGAAGUCGGGAGAGGAUACGGGCUCUAAUAUUGGAGCAGGUGGUGGGGGCAUUGUUGACAUGGCAAAAGGAGGUCCAGUUGACAUGACGACGAGGGGCUGGGGAGUUGGGGGAUUAGUCAUAGCUCCCAGGGAGAUAGCGAUAUAGGGGGUGCAGAGAGAGGGAGAUGUCGGUAGAAUGGACAGGCGCUAUGUGGGACACAGUCUUUUGCCUGCACAACUCUGUACCUCCUUACUGACACUCAUCAUCCAUUCCCUUCCUCUCUACCUCCCUCCUCCCCUCUUUCGACCAUAUCCUCCAGGCAUCAUGUCUACCCCGGUCUCCCCUACCCCAUCUCUCUCCCCAUUGACACUGGCCUCCCCUACAUCAGCAACCUCCCCCGGUGCCUCCCCUUUGCCCUCGCCCCUCUCCCCUCCACCCAGGGUGCCCGUGUUCCAGAGGAAGGGAGCACUCAAACACAAGAGGAUUGUCGAGGUCAAAGAUCAUCAGUUCACGGCUCGCUUCUUCAAACAGCCCACCUUCUGCAGCCACUGCACCGACUUCAUCUGGGGCAUCGGCAAACAGGGAUUCCAAUGUCAAGUGUGCAGUUUUGUGGUCCACAAAAGAUGUCACGAGUUUGUGACCUUCACUUGUCCUGGCUCUGUGGCGGCCCCCAGACCAGAUGACCUGAAGAGUCGACACACAUUUAAGAUCCACACCUACUCCAGUCCGACCUUCUGCGACCACUGUGGCUCGCUGCUGUAUGGCCUCAUACACCAGGGAAUGAAAUGUGCCUGUUGUGACAUGAACGUCCAUCGACGGUGUGAGACCAGUGUUCCCAGUCUCUGCGGCCAGGACCACACAGAAAAGAGAGGAAGAAUCCACCUGACUGUCAGAGGAGAGAAGGAGGACGUCUACGUCACAGUGGGGGAGGCUCGUAACCUGAUGCCCAUGGAUCCUAACGGCCUGUCAGACCCGUACGUUAAACUGAAAUUGAUUCCAGACCCGAAGAGCCACAGCAAACAGAAGACCAAGACCAUCCGCUCCACACUGAAUCCCAUCUGGAAUGAGAGUUUCACCUUCUCAGUGCGUGGUCACCAGUGGGACAGACGUCUGUCUGUGGAGGUAUGGGACUGGGACCGCACGUCCAGGAACGAUUUCAUGGGCGCGCUAUCAUUCGGAGUGAGCGAGAUCUUCAGGCGUCCGAUCUGUGGUUGGUUCAAACUACUGGCCCAGGAUGAAGGAGAGUACUACAACAUCCCCGUGCCAGACCCAGACCUUCAGGAGCCUCAGCCAGACGAUACAACACCCUCUCUGCCUCCAGCAAUACCUGCGCCACUGUCUGAACCGUUUCCUGCCGUUCUCUCCCCGACCCCUGUCCCACCCUGUCCACCGGUCCACACCCCAGGCCCCAGCAAAGUCAAAGUGGGCAUCCUGGACUUCAACUUCCUCAUGGUGCUUGGCAAAGGCAGCUUUGGCAAGGUGCUGCUGGCAGAGGAGCGAGGCAGCGAGCGUCUGUUCGCCGUGAAAGUGCUGAAGAAAGACGUUCUCUUCCAGGACGAGGACACGGAGAGCGCCCUGGUGGAGAGGAGGGUCCUGGGGCUCUCCUCUCGCCCGCACUUCCUCACAUCGCUCUACUGCGCCUUCCAGACUGAGGACCGUCUGUAUUAUGUGAUGGAAUACGUCAACGGAGGAGACCUGAUGUUUCACAUUCAGAUAGUUGGCAAGUUCAAAGAGCCUCACGCAGCGUUUUAUGCAGCAGAGAUAGCGGUCGGCCUCUUCUUCCUCCACAGCAAAGGCAUCAUCUACAGGGAUCUAAAGCUGGAUAAUGUGCUGCUUGACAGUGAGGGCCACAUAAAAAUAGCCGACUUCGGGAUGUGCAGGGAGGGCAUGUUCGAGGGCGACACCACUCGCACCUUCUGUGGCACCCCCGACUACAUCGCUCCUGAGAUUGUGGCAUAUCAGCCUUAUAAUAAAGCAGUGGACUGGUGGUCUUACGGAGUACUGCUGUAUGAAAUGCUGGCAGGACAGCCACCAUUUGAUGGUAUUGAUGAGGAGGAGCUGUUUCAGUCCAUCAUGGAGCAGUGUGUCUCAUACCCAAAAAGUCUCUCCCGUGAAGCUGUCGCUAUCUGCAAGGGACUCCUGACGAAGCACCCGGCCAAGCGUCUGGGUGGAGGAGAGGAAGCAGAGAGAGAGAUCAGGGAGCAUCCGUUCUUCCGCUGGAUUGACUGGGAUCGUCUGGAGAGACUGGAGAUCCAGGCGCCCUUCAAACCCAGAACUGGUGGAAAAAAAGGGGAAAACUUUGACAAGUUCUUCACAGCAGCUCCGUCAGCACUCACUCCCUCUGACCCGGAGAUACUAGCCGCCAUGAACCAGGAAGACUUUGAGGGCUUCUCCUUCCUCAACCCAGACUUUGCCCCCUCGCCUCUCACUGCUGUUUGAAAAUAGCUUCCACCACCCCUCCAAGUGCACCCAAACUGCCCUGUUAUCCCCUUACAAGUAGUUUUAUUACAGAGAAUUUGAACAUCUGACACCUCUCAUUACCAAAUUCUGACGUUUACAUGGAAAUGCCAAGACACCUUUAUACCCAUGCAAUCUCUUCGAUGUAUGUAUUUCAUCUUGAUAGUCACAGAAUAUGUUGCAACAAUGCAAACAAUACCGAUAUCCUUAUUGCCAUCUUAGAGUUUUUUGUAAGACCUCCCUUAACUUGAUAUAAGAAUACUGUAGUAUGAUUACAUACUUCAUCUGUAUGCAUGCAGUGUUUUUAGAAUGAAUUACUUUCAGACACUAGUUUUCUAUAGCAUAGAUUAUCCAAGAAUGAUAUAUAACGUUACAUCCAAUUUAUUUAAACCAUUUUUGAUUGCUUUGAUUAGAAUCAUCUUGUGUUGUGAGAAACCAAACAUUUACAUUUUUCCAGUCGGGUCUUUUCUCAUUCAGCUCUGGUAAAGAAAUCCAGGUAGUAGGCAAAACAAGUCUGUCACUUUUGAAUCCCUUUGCAGUUCAUGACUAAAGAAGUUUCCUAGGUACACACACAGUACAGUAACUCAGCAUCAGAAGCACUGUAAUCCUAAAUAUCUAUCUCAUUGUGUGUCGGACUGUUGACACUUUGACUGUGAUGCAAACUGAGUGGUAGCCAUUUUUAAUCUUUUGGCAUCCUGUGGAAGCGCUCAGUCAGGUUCCUCUGGCCUGGCAGGACCUCCCAGUUUAACGUCACACCAGUGACCUCGGAGGACCCGCUGAGACGCUGCAACAGUGCAGCGGGCACAAUGUGACAGUUAAUGUAGGCUGCAGCGCUGCCCCCACUCCCCCCCCCCCCCCCCCCCAGCUCAGGCCCACUCUGCCUGACUCUGUUAUCACCAGGAGGAGGUCCUCACAUUGCCGCCACAGUUUGGCUCACAUCAUUUUUUUAUUUACAAAUUGAUGUGUUUUUUUCUAUUAUUCCUGCGCAAACUGUGGAAUUAGGCCUUGCAGAUUACAGUAUAUGCACUCUUAUUGCCAGCUGACAUUUGCACUGAAUUAUCUGUUUGCAGUUUUAGAAAAUACGCCUUUUAGUAAAGUUUUCUGCAGCUAAAACAAGACCCUUGUUAGUUUGCACAGGUAUAGAUACUAUAUUAUUUUAGUGGUGUAUACCAUAAAGCGUUUUGCUCUGUAAUGACGUAUUCACAGCAUUGAUUAGGACGUAAUUAAAAGCGAGGCUCACUGGGACUGUUCAAUACAUGGAAAAAUAAUAGCAGCACUGUCAUUAAACACUAUCUGAGCAGGGCAGGUGGCUGCAAACACACAGUUUAAUAAUCCCAUUUCAGAGCUCUUAUCUCACAAACCAGCUGCUCAUUUCACACAGAAAUCUGUUUGAGUUCCCUUAAUGCAUUUCUAUUAUUAUUAUUAUUACUGUUUUUUUUUUUUGACUACAUUCUGUGUCAGCAUAAUGAUAACUACAAUCAUUUCUCAUCUGGAGGAGCAAAAUCUUACAGUUUGUUUUCAGUGCAGAUGUUUGUGCCCCUGUAAUUGUGGCCAACUGUAAAAGGUCAGAGCAGUCAAUCUCUCAGUUUAUCUUAAGGUCAAAUGUCACAACACACAAUACUUCAAUACGGUAUAUACGUUAGAUAAUACAAUCAGUAAUAGAUAAUGCAGUAGAUAAUUUAUGUAUUUGUUAGUUGAGUCAAUUUCUGUUUUCAUGUGCUGGAAAAACGACAUUGAAAUAAAGUCACUAAAAAAGUCAUUAAACAAGAACAAGUGUUUCAUUCUGUGAUGUUUGUGUGAAGCUGCUGAGAAACAAACAGGCUCAGCCUCUCGCUUUGUCUUCUCCACACGCCUCUCUGUC